AUGGACGAUACUUCAGAUGGCUUUGCCAUGAUAAAUGAUCCUCGUGUUUCAACGCAUUCCCCACAGACUUCAACAAAUGAUAACGAAAAGGAAGAUUCACCAGUGAAAUUACUGUAUUCCAAGUCCAAAGUAUAUGUUCAUCCUUCAAACAAUGUGAAUGACUUUAUCCCUGGCUACAUGUCUAUUGUGGAAAAGGCACAGAAGGAGUAUCUGGUUGCCUGGACGCCAGAAGCACUGAUCCCCUCCAAAGACAUGGAUGCCUUUGUUCGAGUUGAUGUGAAUCCCAAAAAUACGGAUCAAGUUGAAUCUUCCAUUAUGGUGCCCUCUGAAGCCGAAGAAUACACAUUGUAUGCUGUUUCUGCAUCGAUCGAUACCAUCAACUCGCUCUUGAUACGAGCUCCUUCUUUUUCGAAAUGGUACGGUAGCAUUGUUAUUAAUUUCAAUGAUGGUCAUUGCUCGGGUCCAUUUUGGUUUCAUGACGAUGAGAGUAAAAGCACAAUGCUCCAAAAGAACACACAGGGAGGCAAAUUCACAUCAAAAGAGGAUGCUCAAGUGAGAUGGGGUGGUGAUGAGUUUGUAGAAAGAUUGGGGCAAUUGAUAACCGUAGUCAAAUCAAAGGAUACAGAAAAUCUUUACUUGGUUGGCAAAGCAGCACAUUACAAACAAACAGGCCAAAACUCAACUCCAAACACUGGUGUUUCAAGAGCAUCAGCAAAUGAUAGUGUAUUCGAGUCAACACAGAUGGAUCCUUUUGUUGCAUCAUUAAAGGAAGCACGAUGGAAUAUCCUUGAAAAGCUCUCUCGAGUUACUAAAUUCUCCAGAGAUGCAGCUGUCAGUUUUCUCAGCAAUCCAGCUUCCAAACCAUUGAUGCCCCUAUUCCCUCCCAGUGUCCAAGAAAUGUGCAAUAACGAAACAGUCAAGCAGACAAUCGACGACUACGAUUCAGCUCGUAUUUUCUUGGCGAAAUGGGCUGCUGGAUUAGCUGCUCAAUCAGAGAAUUCGGCACCUCGUGACAGAAAGUACCGAAAUGUUGGUGUGUGGGGCCAUGAUGGCUGGGAGGAAGAUUCCGCUUUGGGCGUAUUUGAGAUUCUUAACUCUGAGAACGAUUUCUCGAUCCCCACUCAUACAAGAACAAAGCCUGUCAGUCAAGCAGAAUGGGACUCAUACUUUGAUACAAACGGUAAAUUAAGUGUUGGAGAGCCAGCAGUGAGAAAAAAUAUCUUCUGUGGUGGCCUGGAGCCCAGUGUUCGAAGAGAAGCUUGGUUGUUCCUGAACGGCGUGUAUCCCUGGAGUUCCACUGCUGCUGAUCGCGAGCGCAUCCAUAAGGAAAAGAGAGAAGAGUACUACCAACUGAGAAGCAAAUGGCUUCAAGAUCAAGAAUACAAAGAAUCCGACACGUUCAAGGAUCAAAAACACAGGAUAGACAAAGAUGUACAUCGUACGGAUCGAACAGUGGAUAUUUAUGAGGAUGAAAGUAUGCCCAAUCCCGAUCCAUUCAUGCAUGUUGGCACCAACAAGCAUCUCGAGAUCCUGAAGAGUAUUCUCUGUACAUAUAAUAUCUACAACACGGAAUUAGGCUAUGUUCAAGGCAUGUCUGAUCUGCUGUCUCCUCUUUAUGCCAUCAUUGGUGAAGAGCCCCUCUCAUUUUGGGCAUUUGCUGGAUUCAUGGAACGCAUGAAGUCUAAUUUCUAUACGGACCAAUCUGGCAUGCACAAGCAGCUGUUAACCAUGGAUCUCUUGCUUCAAUUCAUGGAUCCCUCAUUGUACAAACACUUUCAGCGCACAGACAGUACAAACUUCUUCUUUUGCUUUAGAUGGCUGUUGGUAUGGUACAAACGAGAAUUUCCUUGGAAGGACAUGCUCUCUUUGUGGGAGGUGCUCUGGACAGACUAUCUGACAGACAAAUUCCACCUGUUUAUUGCACUGUCCAUCUUGGAUCAGCACCGCGACGUGAUUAUUGAGUACCUGAGGAAUUUUGAUGAGAUACUAAAGUACAUCAACGAUCUAUCCAUGACAAUCAAUCUGGAGGAAACGCUGCAGCGAGCAGAGAUUUUGUACUACCAAUUCCGUCAGCGUGUUCAGGCUGUCGAUAACAAACGAGAGCAGCUAGAAGCAUCUGCUUCCAACAAGUCUGGCUUGACUGAAUUGCAGAGAUCGGAUGCCAAGGAAGAUUUAGGUCGAUUACCGGUGGUGAAUGAAUUGCUACGUGAAAUCUUGGCCUCAUCCUAUGCUGACAUUGCUGCUAGCAAUGAAAAGCACAUUGAAUAA